AAUAACCCUCAUGCUCAGAAGUUGGUGUUGGUAGUUGAUCUGACACUCAAACAGUUCUAGUUUGUUCUUGUAGUUUAUCAGGCUAUCUUGUUUAUAGUGAGGUGUGGAAGUAAUAUAAAAGACUAGUGUUUUGGUUUUGUUGUAAGUUCGGUGAGUAGUGUUAUACAAACGAACAUAAAACGCAUGCGCUUUGUGUUUUCAUCGUGACGCAUUUGGAAUUCCAAAACAAUCGACAUUCGAUAAGGCUGGCAGUUCGCCAUUUUGUACGUGUGGAAGUCGUAAAAAGUGAUUUUUACAAAAACCUUGUUAUAUAGUUGUGAACUAUGGAAUAACAUGAUAAAUUUCCCAAACGAAGAAUUACUGAUAAGAUACAUGUGUCCUUAGUGUUAAGGAUAUACAUAAAUCCUUUUGGAUUUUUAUCUGUGAUAGUUAGUAAUUAGGAACCUAAAAGUACUUCAAAAUGAAUUCUCCCGAGGAAAUAAAGGCCGAAUAUGCAUCGAGUUUGGGAGAUCUGACUUUCAAUAGCAAACCCCUGAUUAAUGUGCUUACAAUGUUGGCCGACGAAAAUUCACCCAACGCUAAAGUUAUCGUUGAAGCUAUUGAAGAACAACUGUCAAAGGUUCAAACUGACGUCAAAUUACCCCUUUUGUACCUGAUUGACUGCAUUGUUAAGAAUGUUGGAGGAACGUACACAUCACUCUUUAGCCAGAAUAUAGUAUCUACCUUUUGUGGUGUAUUUAAAGUGCAUACUAAAUCUAAAAUUUAUUAUGCUUGUGGUGACAAAAAAUAUAAAUUCAAGGUUGACGAGAAGACGCGAGCUGAAAUGUACAAAUUGAGACAGACCUGGAAUGAAGUAUUCCCUCAAAUGAAACUAUACGCCAUCGAUGUUCAGAUCAGUUUACUAGAUCCAGCUUGGCCUGUAACAGCUAAACCGCCUCCUAACAGCAUCCAUUUCAAUCCGAAAUUUUUGAAAAAUACUACUUCUCCAAAUUUAAAACCUAAGUCAGAGGCCAAACCUACAAUUAUUCCUGGACCCGUUGAUAAAGAGACCCUACUUAUGCAGGAACAGUUGAUUCAAAAGCAAAAGGAACUGUUGGAAUUGCAGCAAAAGAAGUUGGAAUUGGAAGUGUUGCAGACGCAAGUGAAAUUGCAGGAGCAGAUCAAACAAACCAUACCAAUUACCAGUAGAUCACAGAAUAUUUUGUUGAAACCAGAAGUAGCUAAGCAAUUGGUUCCUUCAUUGACACAUAAACCAGUUGGAAUUAACGCAUCCUUGGCGCUACAACAAAAAACGCAACAAUUCGGCCCUUCGAACGGUACGAAAAUAAACCCCGUCAGCAGCGCCCUAAUCAACGCGAGACCCGUCCGAGACCCGAGACUAAUGAGGCAGCAACAACAGAAGCAGCUCCAGCAGCAACAAGCACCCGACGGUAAUGAGGAAAAUCAGUUACAGCAAAGAACUGCUUUAUUAGAAAAUAAUAAAAUUGUUACAAAUAAAAUUGGUGUUCGAAAAGCUCGAAAUGAUCCUCGGUUAAUCAAUAAUAAAGAUGAUACCCCUAUCCAAAAAACUGAUACCAAUAAACCCAUCAAUCCCUCCAAAUCCCGCAAUAGUUUUGAAUCAUCUAAUCAAAAAUCCUAUAAAUCCUCGCGACCUUCCUCUCAACGAUCAGGUGGCUCAGCCUCCGCCGAGUCUGCACCUCUCAAAUCUAGUUCUAACGAUCUAGAAACACGCAGAAUAAAAAGUGACACUGCUAAACCCCAAUCGCCUGUUAAACACAAAAAGAAGGAGAAAAGUGACAAUAAGCCACCAGCCAGUCCAAGGGAUCAAAAACGCGAGCGAUCGGGUAAGAGUGAUAGUCCGACGACAGGUUUUAAGGGUAUUAAACUGUCUUUAAAAAAUCGAAACUAUGUGAGAAGAAAUGUCGUGGAUUGUGCGGACACUACUAUACAGGACGAGGAUCUGAGGUCGUUUGGGCCUCCAGAAAAGCAACUCAGGUUGCUGCCUGGCGACCCUGUCGAUGUGCCAACCACUACCACAGUACAAGUAUCUCAACCUCAGUCAACUUCAGUCACAGUUUCCAAAGACAUGGAUGUCGAUCUUAGGCAAUUACCAGCAUUUAUAGGGAAAAAGAGGCUUUCAACUGAUUCACCAGACCAGACCAGUGUUAAAAAGAGCAAAUCGGAAAUACUUGACAAGUUAUUUGGAGAUGAAGAUACGGAUUUAAGGCAAUUUAGUAUUAGUUCUGAACAACGUCCCAAAACUCCUCCACCACCAAUUAUAUCCUCCAGUGAAGUCAUACCCUCAAAAACUGAGUCCCCGAAAAGCAACUUGGAUGCCAUAAGAGCGAAGCUUGCAAAUGCUACUAAUAGGGACAAAGUCUUGGCCAAAUCAUUCAACAAGAAAAAAUUAAAACUAGUAGACCAAGACUUAAGGCAGCCAAUUCAAAUAACUCCCGAAACGACGCAAAAAAUUAUAAUUUCCCCAGAGGACGAGAGCAAUAUUAAAUCCGGCAAUAUGACAAAUGAAGAAAGCAAAAAACUCCUUGCAAAGAUCAUCUUGCAAAUGGAAAAAAAUAAGCUGAAAGAAGCGAAAAGAAAAGAUCAUGAGGAAACUUUCAAUAUAUCUUUACAACCAAUCAGCGAUGAAGAGUUUAUAGACAGUGAUGGAGAGAAUGUCGAACACAAUGAUGCUGCUAAAGACAUUAAACCUAAAGAAAAUGUUACUGUAGCACCAUUACCAGUCAAUGAAGAAAGUUUAAUGCCAUUUAACGAUAAAGAUGAAAGACUGAUACCAGGACCUUUGCCGCCACCUCAAAGCGAUUUUAUGCACCCGAAUUUCUAUCCUCGAGACGGCAGGGAGAUGAGGAGAUUUCCAGGUCCUAAUAAUUGGCGAGGAGGUCGUGGAAACAGAAGAUGGGAUAACGCACCAGUACGUAUGCCCGUUAGACCUUGGAAUGCUUGGAAAAACAACCUUCCACCGUUUCCACCACAUAACAAUUUCGAAGAGAUACACAUACCUGAUGAAGAACCAACACUGACUAGCGGUUUUGUAAAUGUGGACGAGAUUAAAGCCAUAGCUAUCGACGGUAUAUCUAGGGACAUCAGAUUCUAUGGAGAAACCGCGAUUGCUUUCAUCGAUUGGGACGAUCCAAGAGAACUAACUUUCCACGAGGGUACGCGGAAAAUCACCUUUAACGAUAAAGAAACCUACGUUUUGGGAUUCAACGAGAACUACAAGGAAUUCAUGAUCGACGGUAAACCGCAUCUGGUCCGUUUGGGAGCGCCCAGCAGGGAGAUCUUCAUCGACAACGUGCCCUACGAGUGUCUGUUCGGCAGCCCCGGCAUUCGUAUCGAUUUGGACGGCGUUCCUACCAAGGUCCAACUGGAGGGUCCCAUUCCCCAAGUGAACAUCGGCAAAAUUAAACGAACUGAUCUAGUUGCGGGCAAAAUUAAUUUAUUCAUUAACGCGAUGGUCGUUGUACCAGUGUUUUUGGACGCUAAAGUACAAAAAUUUGUUCUCGAUAACGAGACGAGUACGCUCAAAUUUGUAGAUGCAUUAAAAACUGUUUUAAUAAAUGAUGUUCCUUUUAAUAAUGUUGAAUAUGGUGGUCUCCCUAAACCUUUUAUUAUCCAUGGUAAAAAGCAUUUUAUAAGAUUUUCAGUAUUACCUAAGGGCAUUAAGCCUGGCAGAGUACAGAUUGUCGAUAUGGAAGGUGAGGGCAGCACCAGUCCCAGGGCGGAUGAGAACAGCCAGGAUGGAAUGAAUCCAUCGGACGCCUAUGAUCCCGGCAUGCCCAUAACGGGUUUGCUGGACAACAAACCAGUCGAUUCUUCCGAGGUGCCAGAUAGAAAUACAAAUUCGCCUAAUUUCUAUCAGAAACUCAUACUGCAGCAACAAAAUAAUCUCGACGCACUCUCCAACGCAAUGACCCCAGUAUCGGGUCCUCUUCAAGCGACAGGAGAAUACAAAUGCGAAAACGAUCCGGACUCGCAAGGUAUUCCGGUAGCUCAAACUUCAGCGCCUCAACCGGCUGCAGCUAUAAACAUAAACGAUCUCUUCCAAAAAUUAGUAGCAUCCGGUUUCGUUACGUCAGUAGCAGCGGAGAAGAAGCCGGUGCCACCGGUAGUAACACCUGUUGUAUCACCUGUAUUACCACCGGUAGUAGUAAAGGAGGACACGUCUGCGCCUGCUAGCGUUGCUAUACCAGAACGAAAUCAACCUCGAAUUUCUAGUCAACUACCACCGGCACCACUAGUAAAAGCGAAAAGGAAUCCUUGUAUGAAUUUGAAGCCAAUCAAUUUCAACAAACCUGAAACGCUAAGAGUCCGACAGGGCAAUUUAUAUUCAAUUUUGUAUUCUGGAAUGCAAUGUAGUAGUUGCGGAAUGCGAUUUUCGCCUGAAGCCAGUAUGCAGUACAGCCAGCAUUUGGAUUGGCAUUUUAGACAAAAUCGUAAAGGAAAGAGGAAUAGCAGAGUGGCGACUAGUAGGAGAUGGUAUUAUUCUUUGGCAGAUUGGAAGAAUUACGAAGAAUUAGAAGAUCUUGAAGAAAGAGAGAAAAAUUACUUUGAUCAGCAACAACAGGCCGACGGUGCUGGAGAAGAAGCGGAAGAAGAAGUGGAAAUACCCAGCGUGGCUGCUGACCCAGAUACAACCCAAGAAUCUUGCAAAGUGUGUCAUGAUACCUUCGAUCAAUUCUUCAAUGAAGAAAAGGAAGAAUGGCAUCUAAAGAAUGCCAUUAGAGUAGAUGAUAAUACUUAUCAUCCAUUAUGUUAUGAGGAUUAUCAGCAAUCGCUGUUAGAACAGACCUUAGAUGAAAGUAUAAAACCCAUUGAAGACAAACCAAGAGAGGAAGAAACUAUACCUGGUCUCGAAAUUAUUAUCGAUGAUGAUGAUGAAGAAGACGAGAUAUCGGAACCGUCGAAAUCAACCGAAAUUUUGUGUUUGGAAAGCGACGAAUCUAAACCAUCAGAUUCGGUUCAAGAGCCUGAAGAGCCAGAACCUCCGCAGCAAACUGAAGACGAAGGAGACGAUGAUGAUGUAAUUUUGAACGAGAUUGCGCCUAUAAAAAUUGUCGUCGACGAUGACGAUGAUGAACCUGGGACGGAUUCUACAGCAGCCCUCAGCCAAGCUGAAGAUGACGGUUUUGUGGAAAUUGCUGGACUUGUUAGCCUGCCCAAUGGAAAGCACGUCAAAAUCAAAGCUGAACCAGUGGAUAAAGAUCUCGAGGACCUCACCACUACGCCUUUGAUUCCAGACGAGCAACCUGUGAACAUCGUGGACGUCGAAGAGCACAACUCUACGAACUCGGUACGUGAUCUGGUAGCAUCGAUAGACGGGAACGUCGACAUCGCGGCCAGCGGCGCUCCUACAGGUGCCGCGACGGGAAUCAGUGGCAACAAAAUUAAAAUAAACAUUAGUAAACAACUAACUGUGAUAAAUAAAGAAAAAGAAUUGAUACAAGGUACGGACGUACCUUCGGAAACGUAUAUCGAUCCUUUUGAACCUUUUCCGCCCGGGGAAGAACCGGAACCUGCGGCUCUUAAGACGACUCUUAAGAGCGUCAGAUUGACGAAGUUGCCUCCGGUUAGAAAGGGUACAGAAUUGACGGGACUGUGUUCUAUCAUGUGAUUGGUAUUAGUAAAAAUUUGUAUUUUAUUUUGUAAAUAGUAAAGUAUUGGACCCUGGAAGUGAGUGGAAAAGGAAAACAUUAAAUUUAAAAGAGUUUGAUUUAACUUUGUUUCAUUUUUUAAAUAAAACGACGUUUCUCUACUAAGUUAUAUAUGAUGAAAUUUGUAAUAUUUUCUUUUCCCAAGCGCUUGUACAAUUUUGUAUUUAAAUUGUAAAUAGUAAAGUAUUGGAUCCUGGAAGUGAGUGGAAAAGGAAAACAUUAAAUUUGAAAGAGUUUGAUUUGAUUUUGUUUAAUUUUUUAAAUAAAACGACGUUUCUUUACUAAGUUAGAUAUAUGAUGAAAUUUGUAAUAUUUUCUUUUCCCAAGCGCUUGUACAAU